AGUAUCCCCUUAAUUAGGAGAGAGGAGAGAUCAUAGGGAGAGCUAACGGUGCGGACGCGGAGGGAAGAAGCUGACUGAGCAUUUACGAAAGAUACAACGUGUUUGACUUUCUAGGCAUGCAGUUCAGAGAGAUACAACAACCACCACACAAGGUUAAGGGAUCCAAAAAAACAACAACUAAGGUGGUCAUUAAAACAAACAGAAUCUUAAUGGAUUCAUUUAGAAAUAUGUGUUCCGAAAGAAACCGUUCGAGAGCGCCGGGAAAAGUGAACUACCCAUUACUCAGCACAGGGGUUUGUCUAAUAAUUCUGAUCCCGAUGUGUGCUGCAUUUAACUUGGACGUGGAAAACCCUGCUGUCUACAGCGGACCUAAUGGGAGCUACUUCGGAUAUUCCGUGGAAUUUUACUUGACAAAUUCUUCUAGCGUCAGUGUGGUGAUUGGCGCACCCAAGGCCAAUACCAGUCAGCUGAACAUCACAGAGGGUGGGUCUGUGUACUACUGCCCAUGGAGUAUCAACGAAUCAGAGUGCCACAACAUUGAGUUUGACAGUCAAGGGGACCGCACCGUCACUCUGAAUGAGACAGACUACCAGGCUGAAUUCAAGUCCCACCAGUGGUUUGGCGCCACCAUCCGUUCCCACGGCGACACCAUUUUGGCCUGUGCCCCGCUCUACUCCUGGAGAACCAAAGCAGACACCCCCCAGUCAGAUACAACAGGAACCUGUUACCUCUCUGUCAAGAACUUCACCAAGUUUGUGGAAUAUGCUCCCUGUCGCACAGAAUUUAAGAAUGAAGGUGGCCAGGGUUACUGUCAGGGGGGAUUCAGUGCUGAUUUCACCAAGGAUGGAAGAGUGGUGCUUGGAGGUCCAGGCAGUUUUUUCUGGCAAGGUCAGGUGAUCUCCGCGGCCAAGGAGGAGAUCAUCAAGGCUUACUACCCAGGGUACUUCAUGCAGUCUGUGGAGGGACAGAUCCAGACCAGACAGGCUGACAUCAAAUACGAUGACAGCUUCCGUGGUUACUCUGUUGCAGUUGGGGAAUUCACUGGAGACGAUGUGGAAGAUUUUGUGGCUGGGGUCCCGAAAGGAGGCGUGCUCGGCGGUUUGGUGUCCAUUUUCAAUGGCAUUGAUCUGAAGUCCAUGCUAAACAUUAGCGGUGAUCAGAUGGGCUCUUAUUUUGGGUAUGCUGUGGCCACCGCUGACGUGAAUAAUGAUGGCAUGACUGACGUGUUGGUGGGAGCUCCCAUGUACAUGAUCCGAGGGUCGGAUGGUCGCUUGGAGGAGGUGGGCCGUGUGUAUGUGUACCUGCAGCGCGGAAACCUGAGCCUUGAGUCAACCCUCAACCUGACUGGGACACAGGUGUUUGGGAGGUUUGGCAACACCAUCGCACCUCUGGGAGAUCUCAACCAGGAUGGAUACGAUGAUGUGGCGAUCAGCUGUCCUUUUGGUGGAGAGAACCAGCAGGGAUUGGUGCUUAUCUACAACGGAUACGCUGGUGGGCUCAAGGACACACCUUCUCAGGUCAUAGUUGGCCAAUGGGCUUCAGGUAUCAUGCCUGCCAGCUUUGGGUUUGCUGUCCGUGGGGCUAAGGAUCUGGACAUGAAUGGCUACCCAGAUCUUAUUGUUGGUGCUUUUGGAGUGGACAAGGCCAUUCUGUACAGAUCCCGACCCAUCGUCACCGUCAAUGCCUCCCUGAAUGUCAACCCCACGAUGAUCAACCCCGAGGAAAAGACUUGUUCGGUCAACAAUGGGAACACCACCAUACCUGCCUCCUGUGUCAACCUGAGUUUCUGUCUCGCAGCCGAUGGGAAGUACCUCCCAGACAACCUAAGCUUCCAGAUUGAGGUGCUGUUGGAUCGAGUGAAACACAAACAAAAGGGUGGGGUGAAGAGGGCCCUGUUUGUAGACUCCCAGCAGGCAUUGCUUCAGAGGACUGUGAGGGUGCGGAACGGAGAGGCUGUGUGUCACCAAACCAGGAUCUACCUGAGGGAUGAUAAGGAAUUCAGAGAUAAGCUCUCUCCCAUCGCCAUCUCCCUCAACUUCAGCCUGGAUCCCAAGGCCGAGUUUGACUCCCACAACCUCAGACCCAUCCUCAACUACCAGACCUCCGAGAUCAUUGAGCGAAAGGCCCAGAUUCUGCUUGGCUGUGGUGAAGACAACAUCUGUGUUCCUGACUUAAAGCUGGCAGUGCAUGGAGACAGGAAGGAAGUGUACCUAGGUGACGACAACUCGCUGACCUUGACUUUCAACGCGAGGAACGUGGGUGAAGGAGGGGCCUAUGAGGCGGAGCUGUAUGUGGUGCUGCCUCCAGAAGCAGACUACAGUGGUAUCGCCCGCAAUAAUGAGACCUUGACCCAGCUCACCUGUAGCUACGAAACCGAGAACCAGACCCGCUACCUCAGCUGUGACCUGGGCAACCCUAUGAAGUCUGGUACCAGUCUUUGGGCAGGCCUUCGUUUCACUGUGCCACGACUCAAGGACACUCGCAAGACAGUUCAGUUUGAGCUCCAGAUCCGCAGCAAGAAUGAGAAUAAUUCCCACAGCGAGGCGGUACCCUAUCAGCUGGAGGUGGUUGUCCAAGCUGAUGUCAUUUUACAGGGCGUCUCUCGGCCAGACAAGGUGGUCUUCCCUCCCUCCAACUGGAAGUCCUCCAAGAGCCCCCGUGUGGAGCAGGACAUCGGGCCGGCUGUCCAACAUGUCUAUGAGCUGGUGAACAAAGGGCCCAGUGGUGUCAGCCACACCGUGCUGCAGCUCAGCUGUCCUCUCCGUGUUCAGGGCCAGGAUCUCCUCUACCCCUUGGAGAUCUCCACUGAGGGACCUGUCAACUGUACCACCAACUACUCCAUCAACAGCCUGCAGCUCAAGCUCCAGCAGUCUUCCACGGAGCAGCCUCCCAUACUUGUGUCCGGACAGGGUCACCACAUUGCUCGGAGAGACGUCCAGAGAGACCAGCUGGCGGAGCACACAAACCUGUCAUGUUCUAAUGUAGAGUGCUGGACGCUGAGGUGUAACGUGGGCCUUCUGGAGAAGGGGACCAGUGCCAUCCUCAAAGUGCGCUCACGGAUCAGGGCUGAGACCUUCAUGGAGAGGGCUUAUAAGGGAUACGUGCUGGAGUGCCUGGCCAGAUUCAGCGUGGUCACCAUGCCAUAUUCCAUCCUACCAAAGGAAACACCGAGUGGCUCUAAAAAGGUGGUGACCACCGUGGUGUGGAACAAGCCAGACGGCCAGUACUAUGUGCCCCUGUGGAUCAUCAUCUUGGCCAUACUGGCUGGACUGCUGCUGCUGGCGCUGCUAAUCUACGUUCUGUACAAACUUGGAUUCUUCAAAAGGUCGUUACCCUAUGGCACGGCUAUGGAGAAGGCCCAACUCAAACCCCAGGCUGCGUCUGAGGCCUAAACACCAUAGAAGGAUUUAAAACAAACUAUGUUCUUGUUCGAAGAACCAAAGAAACCUAGAAACCCACAUGAUUGCAACAAAAAGGUGUCUCCUUUUAAUGGUCCAGAGAGGAUUAGACUGCAGUUGAAGAGUAAAGAGGAGGAACGACCACUGGAUCUCCACUGUUCUGCACUACAGAUAGAGAAACCAUAUAGACUCAAAACCAAAUGAAUGUUUUUAAUUUAAUAUAUGUUGUUUUUGUUUUUUCAUCAUUGGGUUGGGGUUGGUCACCAAGCUGAACUUCAACUGCCUUUAGACUUGGUAUUCAAAUUCCCAAACUAGCGACUCCAGGAGGAUAAGAGGAGCAGCUUUUGGAAGCCCUGGAUUUGAUUAAUGAAGAUGUUCAGUUUCUCUCUGCACAUCUUUUAAAACCGCUUUUAAUUCCCUUUUGGAAUGUUUGACAGUUUUUCUAAACUGCCUUAUUUGGUGCUAAAAAACAAUAUCACUGCUUCAAACAGGUGAUGGUCACAGGUUCUUUUAAUGUUGAGGGGGACUGAAUGCAUCUCCCUUCCUCUCUGUAGCCUUGAAGUAAUCAAAAAGACCAUCCCAAGAUCUGUUUACCGCAACCAAAGGAGCAUAGUCAGAGCAUGUGUCUCUCUCAUGUGUCCCUUACCUUUACACCUGGACUUUUUAUCUGUCGAUGUUUCUAGCGAAGAUGUUUCUGCAGCCAGAGUAAUCUUUUCCCGCUUGUUUCCAUGUAUGUUCAGUUGCUUCGGUAAUGUUCGGCUAGCCAAAUCGGCUUCUUCAGCCUCAGGGCGGUGGACAUGCAGUGUUUGGUCCAGUUGUUUUGCACUCAAAGGAAAUCUACUGAUGAUUCACAGUACGCCAGAAACUGUCAGGACGCUGACUGGCUGAUCUUUCUUUCAGUGAUGUUAGCCUGUGCUGAUCACUUUGUGUCAAUGCUGUAUAUUCAUGCUCAUUGUGAGGAAAGCAUUGCCUUAGAGUUGACUGGGACAUGACUGGAUCAAUCCACCAUGGGCCUCUGAGAUAGAGCUCACUGAAAGCUUUAAACGGGGUGGUGCUUUGCCAGAAAUCUGGGUAGUCACUAGUUCGUCUGCAUUUGUCUUUUGCUUUAAGGGGUUGAAGCAAAGACCGUCCCAGUAUAUCCACAGCCUUGGUGUUUAAUGGUGCCUUGGAGACUAUUUAAUGAUCGCGUGUUGCCAAAGAGAACGGGGAAGCUGCAUCUGAGCAGGUCACCAGCAGAUCAGGGCUCACUUUGUGAGUGUUAGCCUCGUGCUAACUGGCUGGAUCUCAAGCUCACAUUCUUUUGCCAUGUGAGUAUCAGGGAAACAGCCGAAUGUCCAGUCCCUACACAUUUGUCCCUACACAUUUUGACAUACAUCUUGCAGUGUGCUAGGAGCAAUCUUUGUUUUUGGUAGUUUUUUUCUGCCCUUAUGGAUAGAGAACUACGAGUACCAGGCGUCCUUCCACCAUGAGGCUGCAGCUUCACCCAGGGACUGAAUAUUUCAGGCUAAUUUUAUAUGUAAAUAGUCUGAGAGUGUGCGUGAGCGAGGAGGUAUGUGCGAUGGACUGUGUGUGUGUGUGUCGCUGUGUUUUUCAUGUGAAUAAGAAAGAUAUUUCCCAUUGCCAAGUCCUCUCUUCUCUUGCAUGGAGGGGAAGGGCGGACGUGUCCAGCAGCAGUGAUGCUAAUAAUUGCAUAACUACAAUCUGAACUCAAGGUGGGUAAUGACUGCCCAACAGAGUUUAGGAACGCCAGAACCUGUGUAACUAUUCAGUUAAUGUUAUAGAGACUGCAGUGCAGUGUGUGAAUACAUACAUGUACAGUGAAAUCUAUGUGUGCACAAAAUGCACUGCCACCUAACCAGAAUGCGAUAGAUUAAGUCAUACAACUCAUACUUCUCUCACAAAUGACCUGUUUGUCAGUAUGGUUCUGAUUUCCUCUCUGUGCUUCUUCUAAAAGGGAUAGCAACUUGGCAUUGGGAACUGAAAAAAAAACGUGUUUGUAAGUGCAAUAUUAUUCUUCACGCCGGUUGAUAUUGGAUUUAGUUUUUGUGGGUGUGUCUGUUCUCCUUUUUGAUUUUGUUAUCUGUUGUAUUAAAGAUGCAGUCUGGGAAAUUUGCAAGUAACAAAAUAAUUUUCCAAACCUCCCAUUAAGGGCUAGAUGUGUGCUGGUAAUAUGUGCAUAAUCUCUUAGCAGAAUUGCUAUCAUACCUCAGUUAGCAAUGAGCGGUUGAAAAGUAGCAUGUGACAUGGUGCAGUAUUUUUGGGGUCCUUUUUGUCAGUGCUUACCAUGUUUACCGAAGACUGCGGACUGCAUCUUUAAAUCAUGUUCAUCCAACAUUUGAUGUGUGAUCGUAACCGUAUAAAAGACUGUGGUUGGAGGGGAUAUUUUCAGAGGUUUUGGACAUUUUCUGGAUUAUUCUAGUGCACGUAUUUGACCACUUACGUUUUGCUCCACUGCUCUCACUAGCCAAACUUUGAUGACACUUUUGGAUAUUAAUGGUAGGAAAGACUGCCUCAGAGUUGAACUCGAGUGGGCAUGUUACAUGUGUGACAAUGUAUGUGCAGUUGAAUUACAUCACCUAACUUAACAGCCAUAGUGUUACAUAUUUAUGUAAUAUUUUUUUGAUGGCCCCCUUGCUCAUAUUGGAUUUAGUCCACACACUUCAUCAAGACACGAGGUGCAAGGACUGCUAACGCCACUCAGUGGAUUGUUUAAUGUAUCAUAUUGUUUGGAACACUAUUUUUAUAUUGUUCCGAACGGUAUUUGUUUGGAUAGUAGUGUCCAAAAAAUGUCAACCUAGUAUUAUUUAUGUUGAGAGGUUUUUAACAGCAUCCUCUGUGGUUGCCGCAGGAGACAGCACUGGGUUUAUCCUGGUUUUCUCCUCUUUUUUUUACGUCCCAUUUAAUCUCCUUUUAACAAAUUUGUACAUACAGUAUAUUUCUGGCAAGGAGAAUAUUUUUUACAUUCACUUUUAAAAGAAAUGUUUUGUGAAAUCUACUUUCCCCAUAUUGGGGAUUUCUUUUGUGUGGGGGGGGGGGUUGGAGGCUUGUCUUUCAGUGAUCAUUUGUAUCUUAUUUUACGGUUUGAAUUUCGAAUAAAAAUGACAACUUCUACAAAAAA